AUGGAGCGUGUCGUAGACAGAUCUGAACUGCUGUCAGAAGCAAGCACGCCUCCGUCAUCUCCCGAUCUGUCCAAAAUCACGACUUUAGGCCAAUUCGAGUUCGUCCAUCGGAAGCAGGAUUCCAACACUGACAAUACCCGGCAAGAAGAUGGUUAUGAAGAUAAAGACGAAUUGGAAUUUCAACUAUUUGCCCCAUCUGCGAGGAAGAGCGAUGAUCCUCCUGCGGUGGCAAAGAUCCGAAUCGCAACGCCAGAAGCUAGUGAACAUGAGUCUGGUUUCAUCAGGCCCAACAGGAACGAUUCGUAUUACUUCAAGGGGCCUGUAACUACUGCAGAGCGGCAGAACUAUGAAACUGCAGCUCUGUCGGGCCAGGAUAUCCUAUUGGCGUCUCAGACCCCAUGGCCUGGUAUGGCGUAUCCAUGGAAAUUGCUAGAGAUACCAUCCUCGCGGAAGCAACGAAUCCUGCUCGAGGGCUCAGAUGCUAUCUAUGAAAGAUUGUUGGGCCACCAUGCUGUCGUCGCUUCAAAGCAUACGCGACCUGGAAAGAAAUCACGUAUCAAACUGAGGAUGAAAGCAGCUGCAGCGAAAGCAAAGCAGGAACAAGCACUGAAGGCAGCGGCGUCGAAGGAAGCGGCCGAACAGGAAAAGCGGACACGUCGUAAUCGCGAGAAGAAGGUCAAGAAGAAGAAUCGUGAGAAGGCAAAGAAGGCAGAAGCUGCUCUCGCCGCUCCCACCGGUGAUGAUGCAGAAAUGGCUGGCGACAAACCUGAUCUCGACACUGAUUGA